CAUCGACGUUCAACCUUAAACACUGACUCCACUGAGCACCCGCCAUCGGAUUCCUCAUCUCGCCCAGCGAGGAUUGGGCGUGCUUUGCCAUGUUCGUGCACGAGCUGCCGACUACCGGUGCGAUCUCGUUCGCCGACUUUGUGCUCACAUCAGGAUACUCGAUCGAGGUUGCUCACACGACCGAGCAUCGCGCCAAGCUCCGCAAUGUACUCAAAGAGCAUCGUAAGAGUGCUGGAGACGACAAUGACCUGGAACAAGGGGACUGGCUGAAAGUCGUUCAGGCUGUCGAUGAGUACCUACCAUACUUGCUGGCGAUGUUCAAUUGCGUGCAAGUGGACGAAGUUAUUUUCAAGCUCGAACCUGAGUUCUCAUGGCGCACGACGCUCAGCUCGCAUAUAUUCAGGUCGUCGCCACGAAUUUCACUUCGUGGACUCCACUACGAAGUAUGCGCCGUGCUGCUCUUAUACGGAACUGCCUUGUCCAAUUUCGCCGCCGCGAUCGUGGCCUCGCUUGGAAACUACGAGCUUGAACGGACGCUGCAGGACGCAGAGCGCAAGCAGCGCGAUGACAAGCUCAAGCGCGCCGCAGACACGUUCUGCCAAGCUGCUGGCAUCUUCGAAUAUCUUUCGCAAGUAAUGAUUCCGCGAUGGGAGGAGCGAGCGAGCUGCCUUGAUGGUCGGCCGCCGGACUUAACCAGAGAAGUAACCAUGGCUUUAUCAAAAAUGGCGCUCGCAGAUGCUCAACUGCUAUCAAUACGAAAGCUCUUGUCAGCGGCAGUCUCUGAGGCGAAUGACUUCAACACGCCUGGACCACCGCUGCCGAAAGGUCAUCCCUCAGCUUCACUGCUUGCCAAGCUGUAUCUGAACGCGGCGAGUCUGUAUGAGACCGCCUCCUCGCUAGCGACAACAAUCAGCAAGAAGGGCGCGGUCGCUGCGAACUCGAACCUUGCGGUCGACGCAUAUGAGGACGUGCAAGCCAAAGCCUCAAAGAAGCCGGGAAAGUUGCUUGCAAAAUUCAAGGAUGCAAUCACGGUGGAUCACGGGGACGAAGUCGGCUCAGGGCUGUUGACCUAUCUAUCGGCCUCUGCGUCCGUCUCCAGGGCGCUGGCUUAUAAGUGGCUAGGCAUCGAUGCCGGAGAGAAUGGCGAGAGAUAUGGAGAGGGUAUCACUUUCCUCAGGGUUGCCGAAGAAAACAUCUCCAUCAAGAAGGACCGCCUGAACUUCAGCAGCAGCAGGAGUAAAAGCUCCAGGGCGGAGCUAAAGACCAUCCAAGAGCAGGAGCUCAAGAACGUCCAACACUGGCUGAGGGCGUACACCAAAAUGAAUGACACAGUUGCCUUUAAGCCAGUGCCUCCCGCUUCAGAGCUGCAGGUCAAGAUUCCGGCAGGACGAGCAGUGCUCAGCGUCAAGACGUUCGAACUACCUCCGGUCAAGUUUGGCCCAGGCUCGGAGAAUUACACCCAUCGUUCCAUUGAUGCUGCACAUGGUUUGGAAGGUAGUCUAGCUGCUAUGGACCUGCAGAACCAAGCUAAGCCAGCUGCGGCUAAAUAUGCCGGUGCCAAUGCAUACUAUUGAGCGUGAACUUGUCGAAAUCAUGUGUAGG